AAUUCGGAGGAGACGUCAGAGCGCUUUUUUAAAUGCAACGAACGCCAAACUUCAUAUCCUCAGCCCUCUCCCUCCCUUCGACAAUGGAAGACAGUGAAGAGGAAGCCCCGUGGAAGAUCUUCUUCUCUUGUACCAUCCCUCUCUACUGUCUGAUUCUUCUCUACUUCCCUCAAGAUUUUCUCCGAUUCCUUCUCUCUCCCGUUCUUCUCAUCACCGGAGCCCUCCUCGUCUCCCUCCUCCGUCUCGGGUCGACCCGAGAUUCCGAUUCCCGACCCGGGAAAAGCUCCGGUAACAGAGGAAAUCCAGGUGUCGAGAGGACGGAAGAAUCCGGGGUUUCGACUCGAGAACCCGAAUGGAGUUCAUGCAAAGCCGAAUCCGACAUGGGUUUUGAUCAGAACCCGGAUUUCGUCGAUAAUUUCGUCGAAUGGAACGUGAGAGCUCCGUUGGAGGUGAUACACGAAGCUUACAGCGAAGAAGACGAAGACGAAGAAGAUGAUCGAUCCGUUGUGGGUGAAAAGGACCCGACCCGGUUAGGGAGAAUGGAGAGAUUCCCGUCUCUGUCGCUGUGUUACCCGGAAUCGGAUUCCGAUUCGUCGUCGGAAUCGGAUUUUCCGGCGAUGUGCGGUUGGGUUACGCCGGAAAACGUAAGGUACAGAUGGGAGGAAGACGAGGGAGAAGGACUAAUCGAGAUAAGGCUUGAUGAACAACAUAACAAGGGAAAGCAAGUAGAGUACGAUUUCCAUGCAGAAGAAGAGAGUUUGAUCGAGAUCGAUCUUUCGCCAUGAGAGAUUCAAAAUUAAAUUCCAAGCGGAAAUUAUAUAAAAAAAAAUAUAAUACUAAGAUUUUUGGCUCACCCUGUUACCGUCCGUACGAUUUCGAUUUUAUAUGAGCAUAAUAUUAGUAUACAACAUAUAUGGAAGAUGCACAAACUGUAAUGUGACAAAGCAAGGCUAGAACUAGUGUCUGUCAAAUUUUAAUUUGAUUGUGAAUUUUUACUUUUUGUUUGAGAAUUAACAUUAUAAAUCAAAGUAUCUUAAUCAUUUUGUAUA